UUUUUUUUUACCGGUUUCUUUGGUGUUUCCCAAUGACCUGUUUGAGUGUUUCGGUAUCCUAUACUUCGCUAAUUUUACCUUUCUAUUUCUCUUUCAGAAUACGUCGAAUGAUUCCAAUUCCACUUUCCGGAAAAUGAAUACGAAUACCAAUUUUAAAGUUGAAUUUUUUAUCGAUGAAACAGACAAGAGAGUCGCAAAAUUAGCUAAAAGUUUUCGUAGGACUCGAGCAUUGGAUGAAAUACGACCGAGAUGGAGCAAAAUACGCUUAGGAAUCAAAAGGUUCGUUCGAGAUCAACGUCGAAAAGCACAGAAAAGGAAAAGUACAUGGAUGGAUCGAACAAAUACUCCAGUGAAUCAUGGCGUGAACAAACAAUCGAAAUAAGUUGAUAAAAAGAAUGACACUAUAGUUGCACAGUUGCAUGAUAUGCUGUGGGAAUUUCAUAUCUUUCCUUUUCAGUUGCGACUCAAAUGUUUGUCUAGGAUAAGAUAACCAUCAUCAUCAUCUCCAUAAAAAAAAAGAUUCAGUCAAGAACCUGGCAUAAGCUUUAGAUGCAUACAUUAACGGAAGUAAUCAUUUUCAAAUUUAUUUGUCUCAAUCUUGAUUUCUUUCGAGAGAAAAGCAACUGUAUGUUGGAGCAUUUUUGAAUCGUAUACUUUUUAAAGAUUGUCAUAAAUACAUAUUUAUAUUUGCUAGUAAUAAAACGAGAAACAAAUUUCAGAUGUAGGCUUGACAUUUUUCUAUGCUACAUACAAUAGAAGUAACACAAAGAGAGGUAUUAACACAAAAAACUGUGCUGAAAA